AUGUUUACUUGUGGUGUGUGUAGCCAAAGAUUUGGCCAUUUAAAAAGCUUUAAUAAUCACAAAAAGAUUCACAAAAACAACUAUCAUUUAGAAUGUGAAACUGGUACUAGUACGGAUACCUACAGUUUUGACAAUAAUGAUCUGAUAUCUGAUAAUCAAGAAAUUGAUAAUGAAUCUAGCAUAGUGUUUGAUAUUCAAAGCACUUCUGGUGAAUCAAAUUUAAUACUUGAUAAUCAAAAAAUCGACAAUGAUGAAUCUAGUUCGAUGCUUAAUACUCAAAGCACUUCUAAAGAUAGAAAGAACAUGUUUGUUGAUGAAAUUAAUGAAUCCCAGAAUGAUGAUAGUAAAUAUAGCGAUAUUUGUGAAGUAAAUAAUGAAGACUUUCCUAGCAAUGUAUAUCGGGAUUUCAUAAACAUAGUAAUUAUCAUGCCAAUUCUUUCAGCAGUUAAAGAAAUUCUUCAACAUGGAGAAAUUGCGGCAAACUCAAAUUUUCAAUAUAAUUCUAAACUUAAUAUUUCUUUAGAGAUGCCUGAAAAAAGUAUUCUCCGAAUUUUACAAUUGCAAAUGGUGGAUUUGGGAAAUAUUCCAACAACUCUUCGUAAUAGGGCUAAGACAAAGACGCUUGUCAGUAUUAUACUGAUAUUGAAAGAAACAAAAGAAGAACAACAAACACCACAGUUUAGACAGUUAAUUUGA